CCUAAAGGGACAAGAUCAAGGGCCACUGAAACAUAACAUUUUAGGGCCAAGAAGGACCUCUUUAUCUGAACCCUCCAAUCCUUUGAUUAUCAACUCCUGCCAUUAAAUCUAGACUCCUUAAUUUCUGAAGGUCCAUGAUAACCUUCCUCAAAAAUUAGCUUGGGGAGUAUGUGUUGUCUCUGGUAACAGAUGCCACUUGGAAGGAUCCAAAGAGAUGGAUUCAACAGAAAAACCAGACAAGGAAAAGUUACCCCAAAAUGCUUUGCCUACUAUCCUCCCUCUGAAAGACAAUGAAGUCUACCACCUCUUUGUGAGCUAUAGCAGCUUGGACUCCUCCUGGGCCCACAAGUUCAUCGAAAAACUAGAGGCUGAUUACUCAGAUCUGAGGAUCUGCUACCAUGAGAGAGACUUUCUUCCAGGGAAAAACAUCAUUGAGAACAUGGUCGAUUGCAUUCAGCAGAGUCAAAAGAUGCUGUUAAUCCUUAGCCAAGACUUUGUCCAGAGCAGAUGGUGUCUGUUGGAGGCCAAUCUCUCUGUUUUUCGUUUCUGUAUGGAGAGAAAACCUGUUAUCCCCAUCAUGCUAAAACCCUGCCAGGUUCCACUUCAUUUGAACCAUUUGACAUAUCUCGAUGUCAAUGACAUCUCCUUCUAUGAAAAGGUCCUCAAGACCCUCUGCACACCCAACCAUCUCAUGAAACAUUCCACACUUGUCCCAUACCAGUUCUCCUCCAUCUACAAUGGGAAGACCCUGAUGGUCCUGCCCUGUAUCAAUAAAGACAACCUUCCAUCAUGGAAACUGGGAACCUUCAGCACUUUGAAUAUCCCUGAUCCCCUGAGAAUGGUCAUAGAUGAUCCAGAAGUUUAUAGAAGAGCCAUUAACAUCCUGAAUGAGGUCUCUUCUCCCAAAAGCUGUUUUCGAUAUUCGUGUUGCAGGAUCACAUUAUGCAUUCUCCUCUCAUUUUUUAGCCUAUUGAUUUCUAUCUUUGCUCUCCUUUAUUUCUUCGCGAUUUAUAAGAUGGCAAUCCCACAAUCCCCAAAAGAAAUUAUUACUUUCUUCUUCGUACAUUUCCCUGUACUAUUUCUAAGUAUGAGUAUUAUAGCCUUAGUGGUGAAUAUUAUGUGUUGGGGUAGAAGAUGGACAAAAGAGAAAUUACGAGAGUUGAACCUAAAAGUAGGAGAAGCCAACCUCAUUCUGACUAAUCAUUCCGUGCUGAUUGGUUGUGAAACUAUAAACAAACUCUAUUUUAUAUAUGUUUCACUUAAAGAUUGUAAAAAAGUUUUCCAGGAAACAUUUCCUAAUGAAAACCCUUCUGCUGAGGAAAUGUUCCAAAAUGCGAUAAUUCGCUAUUCUUCCAGUUAUGCCUGCUGUGUCGCAAAUAAACAUUUUCCCCUCCUUGAAGAAGUAGUAGAGCCAGGUCACAUGAAUGAUGGCAUAUGCUUUUGCCAAUAUGUCUCUAUACAGGUGAAAAAAAACAGGUGGCUGGGUCCUGGGAUAUGGAUGACUUAG